UAUUUGUUUAUUAAUUGUAGAUAUUUCAAUUCGGAUAAUAAUCCUCUUUAUAAGAAUAAUAAAUUUUUGGACGAUAGUUUAGCAUAUGAAACCGAAUAUUAUUACAAAAAGGAUAAAAAAUUAUUAGAAAUACUCAAGCGAAAAACACAGAACGAAGUUAAAAACAUGCAAAAGGAAGUUAACGUGAUGCGUAAUAAAAUCGAAGAGUAUAAUCGAGAUAUCAACGAGAAUCUUAGAUUUUUACAAGAAUUAGAUAAAAAUACUGCAUCGAAUAAGAAGAAAGGUUCCUAAAUGAAAGUAUUAAAAA